CCUCUAGGAAGGCGCCUUCUUUUAUAGAGUCUGUAGACACGUCUUGAUCAGCAUCGAUCUGCGGGUUCUGGUCUCCCAAAUUUUGUAGAUAGUUGAUAAAGGGCGAUCACAAGCGAAUUUCAGUGAGGAAAAUGGACGAUACCGAUGAGCGCGUUAUCCAGGAGUUUGCGGAGCUCCAAGAUAAGGUCCUAAUACAGACGGAUCAACUCAACCGGAUAACACAGCAGGAGCGCAUGCUUGGCCUUCAGCGCCAGCGAUGCGUGCUUACCAAGCAGGAGGUGUCCGGGAUGCCGGAUGAGACGACGAUGUACAAGAGCAUUGGGCGAGCGUACUUCUGCAGCCCCAAGCCCGAGGUGACCAAGGAGCUCGAGGAGAAGAUCUCGCAGUUCGACAACGACAUCAAGAAGGUCCGCGAGCAGCACGAGGCGAUCGAUCAGAAGAUGCACAGUACGGAAAACGAGAUCCGGGAGCUGCUCAAGCAGUCGCCCUCGCUGGUGCGUCGCUUGGGGGCCGUCAAGAUCUAGAUGAUGGUUUUUGCAGCAGGUAGCGUCUACUCCAUCAUGUUACGUAGGGGGCUGCUGGUUGCGGUUUUACGGUAUGAAAGGGCCAUACUGGUGAAGGGCUUGCCCGGGCUCCUGGCUCGGGCCCUGUGGACUUCUGGCUGACUUGGGCUGUGUGCCCAUGUUUCCAAGCUGGGCGCUUCCUUUAGAUGCGGCACGGCGGCAACGCGGCGACCUGGGUUGCGGUUUGGGCUAUUACCUAGUCGCCGUACCCGCUGCAAGCGCUGCCAGAUGCGAAUCGUGCGUACUACUACAGGAUGCCUAGGUCCUGGGCAGAUGAGUCUCUUAGGAGUUGAAAGGGUGCCUGUGGCAGGGCGCGGGAGGAUCCCCACUUGCGGGAGGAUAUGUGUGCGUGUGUGAAAGGGCUUGCGUCCGUGACACGUAGCUGCAAGUGCUUGGAAAGGGCGGUGAGGCGUCAUAGGCAGCGCCCACGUGACUCGGUUGUUGGGGGAUGUCGUGUUUGGGUUUAAUGUGCAUGUAGGCAUGGGCACUUGCAAGUUGAACGCGCGAGGAGGGAAUGCAGGGCUUCUUGCACACGCUUGCAUGUUGCUGACUGCUGACGAUGCUUGAGAGUCGCAGCUGAGGGGGUGUCACUGAAGUGGAUGACUGGCCGCUAGUGACACUAGGGCGAGGAAGUUGUUCCGCGGCGGCACGUGUUAAUGCAGCUGGGGCCCAAGGGGCGGUGCGCAGUACAUACCGGUAAUGCUAAUCCGGCGUGCCUGCUGAUUGUGUGCAGUAGGACAUGUAAGCCAACAGAGAGAUAGAGAGCUCACUGUGACGGCCCCUGGUUCAUUUCCCAACCCGUCAGCUACGAUGUGCUACUGGUUUUGUGGGGGCCUGCUAUGCUAGGUGUCACGCGCCGUUGUUAUGAGCAGUGCGGCAGUCCUACCGUCCCAAGCUGCGCCAUUGUGUAUUGUGCACGUAUAGUUCAACCCUUCAUACCCUAUGCAAAGCGUUAUGACGGGCCGGGGCGCCCCAUCACGCUCCGCGCAUGCGUCCACGUAGGGCCUUAUGAUUACAGAAAGGAUGUGUUAGCUCAGACCUCUUGACCGGAAUGGUUCGUGAGGUUGUGCGGUAGGGCGGGAGGGCCCUACACCGUACAAUGUAAUCUAAUCUAAUCUAGCUCAGAAGGCGCGCAAGGUAGUGCCAUAAGAGCUGCGGUGAACCAUGGAAGGUACAGUUGAGCGUAUGGGCCUUGCAAAGGCUGGUCUAAGGAACUCGGCUUGUGGCUUGGGGGACGAAGGCUGCAAAGGAGGCCAGCGGACGUUGUUGAGGAGUCAAGGCUGUAUCAUAUCCUCCUUUUCGAUACCGAGUUGCCAACCUUGCGGUAGAGGUUGCUUUGCGCUUAAAAAUGGUACGGGAAACGUUCAAAUCCAGGGUUGGAUCCUACCAUAAGCAGGAUACACGCAAGGUGCUAGUCUGAACGCCAAAGUGCAGGCCCACUUUUUGCGUGAGCAAUAAUGGCAAUGGCAAUGGAUGCUAUGGAUGUAACUGCUUCGGAGCCUCCAAUUAGCGACGACAAGGCAGGUCUUCCAUCUGCAGACCAAAGCCAAGGGGACCAGCAGCCACAGUGCAGCACAGGCGAUAUCCCUAUCAGUAAUAAUGCGGAGGCUGCAGGAAAAGAACGGCAUACUUCGCGGCAACGGCAGCGUCGCGGUUUAGACCCUGGGACGUUCCUUCUGGCCGGAGCUGGAUGUCUAGUCGCCACCCUUGUUCGGGGCUUCCUACGACAGCAACGAGAGCUACUAGAAACGUGCAGACAGCUUAGGUCCGCCCAGGCGCAGCUGGCCGUUAAGGAGCAGGCACUUCAGCGAACAGAGGAGCAGCGGAAGCUUGAGCAGGAGGGCCGCAUGACCCACCUCAACCAACAGGUCACCGAUGCGCAACGGGAGCUUACCUCAGCGCAUGACCUCUGCCGGCAAGCGGCGACACGGCUAGAGCAGAGCAUGUCCGACCUGUCGGUGACGGAGACCGAGCUGCGCGCCGCGCGCACCCAGCUUAACACAGCCAGCCGCGACCUGGCCCUCACGCGCGCCCAGCUGGAUGCCACGGAGGGGGAGCUCGGGGUCACCCGCAGCGCAAACGAGCUCAUGAAGCGCGAGAUCGACACGCUGCGGCGGCAGCUGCGCGAGGCGGGCCAGCAGCUUGAGGGCUACAUCAUGGCUAGCCGGCAGCGCAAGAACGGGUUGGGGGACAUGGACGGUAUGGGGGUGGGCGGCAGGUUCACAAGCGAGGAAGAUGACGUGGCGGCGGGGGGCCUGGGGGGCUGGGACACGUACUAGAGGGCUUAGCCGCAAGGGCGACAUAACCAUCUAGGCACCUGGUUAUUAGGUUGCGGUGCCUCUAGGGCGCUUGUAUGAUGGGCCGGCACUGCGGGACUGGAAUGCGUGUAUGCGAGCGACGGCGAAGUACUUGGGCGGGGCCGGCAGCGGCAGGGGUGUACGACAGUAUGAAUGGCGGCUUAUCCUGCAGUCGGUGCUCGCGAGACAUGCCACUGACCUUGGACCCAGGAGAGGACUGAGAAAAGAGUGUUGAGUAUGCAUAGGCAGCGCAUGGGGCGUGGAACGAGGAAUAUCGGGGAACGAUUUGGAGUACAAGUUAGAUGUGCGUCACUGUGCAGCUGGGCCAGAAGCCGGGAACUGUUUGUACCAUGGUUACUGCAAUAGUAUGCGUCACUGCGUGUAGGUUUUCCCAAGCUUGCGAAUGAGAGGACUUCGCGAAUACAAUCGCAUACACGGUUGUAGGGUAUGGGAAGGUUUCGGCGCAGAUGACGUGACGACGGAGCGGCUUUUUGUUUGUUGCAACGACUCGCGUCUUCGCAGAGCUGUCUACCUAGCGUUCCAGGAUCGUAGAUGUGGAGUUUAG